AUGACGAGUCCCAUGGAGAUGGACAAGCUAUUGCAUGUAGCGCAGUCGUGCGCUCCACCCGAGGCAAUCCAGCUAAUUGUGCAGGUGACAGAGGACCCACACACACAUACAUUUGCUAAGCUAGCUGAGGCGCCCACGAUACAAAAGCUUGCGUUGACGCCCGAGGGUGCGCCCUAUGUGCAGCUUCUACGCUUGUACACGACCGGUACGUGGGCCGACUAUCUUUCCAUGGCACAUCAGCUUCCAUCUCUUUCUGCAGCACAAGUCGCCAAGCUUCGGCAGCUCACGAUCCUGAGCCUGGCCUACCAAGAGCGCUCUCUGUCCUACGCCACGAUGUGCGAACACAUUGGCUUAGCCAAAGAUUUGCGAGAAAGUGUGCGCAUACUCGAGGAGUUGAUUAUUGAAGCCCUUUACCAAAAUUUAUUUACCGGGAGACUCGAUGGCGUAGCGGAACGACUCGAUGUACACAGUGUAACGCCUCGAGAUGUGCCACGCACCGCCGAUACCCACAAUGGGCACGACGCAGUCUUUGGCCUAUUGCAGGCCCUGCGCGCCUGGCGCGACCGCUCAUCGGAUGCCAUAACCGCUCUGGAUACCUACAAGCGCCAAGUCGAGCAAAAAUACGACGCGCGCGCUCAGACAAUGCAAGAGGAUCACGCAGCAUUGACCGACGCGCUGCGCAAUGUAGCCCAGUCAGAUACUGGGAUGGUUGCGCGUAUGCGAUUGCAGGAAACAUACCCCGAUGCGAUGGAUGUGGAAGCAAACCGCCGUACCCAUUCCAAGCGACGCUCGAAGCGCACGCGUGCAUAA